AUGUCUACCAAUAAAUUUAACAAGGAUUACGAGCACUCUGUUAACGUAGCUGAUCUCUAUUUUACCUAUGGCGGUCCUCCCAUCAUUGAUCAUUUGGAUUUACAGCUAGACGCAGGCAAUCGUUGUAUUUUAGUAGGUGCUAAUGGUGCAGGAAAAACGACACUAUUGCGUAUCUUGGCUGGUAAGCGCAUGAUUCAUGGUGAUAUCAAAGUGCUCGGCCAAGAUGCCUUCUUGGAUGCUCCUCAGGGCAUCACUUACUUGGGUACAGAAUGGGCCAACAACCCGGUUGUCAAGUCUGAUCUAUCCGUCGAAUACUUGCUCAAGAGCAUGGGUAGUCAUCGCUGGCCUGAGCGCACCGAGUUACUCUUACAUGUCUUGGAUGUCGAUGUCAAAUGGCGCAUGCACCAAAUUUCAGACGGCCAGCGUCGUCGCGUUCAAUUGGUAAUGGGAUUGUUGCAUCCUUGGGAGCUCUUGCUGCUGGAUGAAGUUACAGUGGACUUGGACGUGGUUGCUAGAGCUGAUUUCUUGAACUUUCUCAAGAUCGAAACAGAAGAAAGAGGAUGCACUAUUGUCUAUGCGACACACAUCUUUGAUGGGCUAGGUGAUUGGGCAACUCACAUUGCUCAUGUUGCUGAUGGCAAAUGUCUCUCUAUCAACGACGUCUCCAACUUUCCCGAAUUUGAAGCCAUUAAAGAGAAGCAUAAGCUCGAUCAGCGUAUUGAUUCACCCUUAACAACCUUGUGCUUACAAUGGCUCCGAGAGGACAGAGAUAGACAGCGCAACAUCAAAUCCAUUGACCCAGCAACAGGAUUGCCGCAUUCAAAAUGGGAUGAGAUGAGCGAGAAUAUGAAGAAGAAUGGCGACAAGUAUUACAAUUACUGGAAACGCUGA